AUGAAUAUCUGGGAAUUAUCGAAGAAAAAAUUGGCGGAAAACAAAGUGAAAGCCGCUGAACUUGAUGCUAAAUUGGAAAAUGAAAAUGCCGCUGAAAAUUAUUGUGAGUUAGUUGUCUAUUUUUAUCUCAAAAAGUUUGUUUUUGAAGUAUACGAAGUUCGUCGACGUCACAAUGGUCAUGUUAUAAUUGCCGGGAAUCGAAAAUCUGGGAAAUCUUCGUUUCAGGCUAAUUUUCUGGAAAAACGUGAGGAACUGAAAGAAUCUGUGGGAUUGGAAUUCUCUUUUGGAAGAAGAACGAGAGGAAAUGUGAGAUUUACUAAGGGAAUACAUGGUUGAAAGAUAUUUCUAAUUGCACGAUGGAUUUUAAAUUUUUCAGGUGAAAGAUAUUGCAAAUUUAUGGGAACUUGGAGGAGGGCAUUCAGUUGUUCAAUUACUUUCCGUACCAAUUAGUUCAGCAAAUGUUGAGUAAGUCCUGAUCAAAAUACCUAUUUCUCAAAGUCAACUUCAAAAUUUUCUAGAGUUUGUUCAAUGUUCAUUUUACUCGAUAUGACAAAACUUGAAGAAAUGUGGACAACACUUGAGACAGUUGUAGAAGCUGCUCGAAAAAUUGUUGAAAAUCUUGCAAAAUUUGAUGCGGGGCUUGAAACUCGACUAGGCGAGAAAAUCAAGAUACGUUUGGAAAAAGUUGAAGAAGGCGAUCGGAAAAUAUGUCAACCUUGUCCGAUUCCAUUAACAAUUGUGGCUUCAAAAUAUGACGAGUUUCAGAAUUUUGAAUCGGAAAAACGGCGGAAUUUGUCGAGCUAUUUGAGAUUUUUAGCGCAUUAUUAUGGUGCACAUUUGAUGGUGAGUGGAAGAACUUUGAAAUUGGAAUACUACUUUCAAUACAUUUAAUAUUUCAAAAUAUCCCCUCAGUUGGACUUUUUUCAACCGAUUAAAAAUUACCACAAAAAACAUCACCACAGAUUGAAAAAGAGUAUAUUUGUUUCAAUGAUUUUUCAACAGAUGUACUCGUCAAAAAUGGAACAAUUCGCAAAACUGGUCAAAAAUAUGACAUCACACUUCGCGUUUGGCACGAUAUUUCCGCAGGGUACAGUGAAAGACCAUAAUGCGCCCAUAUUUUUUCGAUGUGGAAAUGAUAGUUUUGAGGUUGGAGUUGGAAUUUGGGAUGGAUUUUUAGAUUUGAGAAGGGGUGUGAGGAAGUAGAUAAUUUUUCUUCGAACAAAUUAUGACAUGGCUGAAGCACAAAUUCGCUUAUACUUUAGAAUACUGUAGCUUUCGAAAGAAGUUAUUUUAAUAAAUAUCUUAUUGAAGAAGAAAAUAAGAAAAUAAGAAAUUCAGAUAUUCACUCAGUUCCUGAUUAGAUUAGGUUCAACGGAAAUCGAUUCUAGACUCCAAUCUCCCAAUCAACAGUUCUGAAAAACCACCAUUUUCAGAUGUAUCCUAUCUCUUCUUCUUUCAGGAUAUUGGUCUUCCUCCAGCCGCCGACAAUUUUAUGAGACAUUCUUCGCCGUUUGAAAUGUGGAAAGAUUCAUUCAACUCUCUCUACCCUCAAAAAAUCUGA